AUGUGGAUUACAAUUCAAAAAUUUGCUGAAAGAGAGGAGCAUUUACAAUGUGAUAGUGCUAUUGUGGUUGUACUUAGUCACGGAGUGUUUGACCAUUUAUUGGGUGUUGAUGAAAUGCCUGUCAACUUUCAUUCUUUUGUAUCUAGUCUUAACUCAAGAAAUGCACCAAAAUUAAUAGGAAAACCAAAAAUAUUUAUAGUUCAAGCAUGUAGAGGAGAGAAUUUUGAUGCAGGUGUUGAACAUACAAUUGAAUCAGAGGAGGGUGUAGAUGGUCCCUCAUUUCCUCCAUUAUUUUCAAUUUUUUCUAAAUAUAUUAAACCUAAUAAUAGCAACAAUAAUAACCCAUUAAAUGCCUCCUCAGUAUUUCAAAAUGCACCAUCACCAAAUUCUCAAAAUUAUUUUAAUGAAAGUCAAGGUAAAAAAACAAAAAAGGGUUUUUAA